UCGGUGCUAAGGGAUGAGUGAGACGUAGCUCGGGCCUCUCCCCAGCAAGUUCUCACCGGCUCGGGUUCAGACCCAGAAAGGGAGCCAGGAGCGGAGCUCACCAGACCCCGGCAGGCAGGACUCCGGGGCUGCGGAGCGCUCCCGCUUGUCGGAUGCUUGGAGUCCCUGCGACUACAGGCGCAACAGGACUCCAGCUUGCCAGGGGUGCCAGGAGGCUCCAGGGUCUCUGGUUCCUCGAGUCCAGCGCAGCGAGCCUCAGAGACCGGGGGACUGCGACGGAACAAGAUCAAUAAUCGAAAUCAUUGCAGCUUCCAGCUACAGAAAUGGGCAGCAAAACCUUGCCAGCACCGGUGCCCAUCCACCCGUCCUUGCAGCUCACCAAUUACUCAUUCCUUCAGGCAGUGAAUGGCCUGCCUACCGUCCCUUCGGACCACCUGCCCAACCUGUAUGGUUUCAGUGCUCUGCAUGCUGUGCAUCUGCACCAAUGGACGCUGGGCUACCCAGCCAUGCACUUGCCACGUUCCUCUUUUUCUAAAGUGCCAGGUGCGGUGUCCAGCCUGAUGGACGCUCGCUUCCAGUUGCCCGCCUUUCCCUGGUUUCCUCAUGUCAUCCACCCUAAGCCAGAGAUCACCGCCGGAGGCAGCGGUGCCGCGCUUAAGACCAAGCCGCGCUUUGAUUUCGCUAACCUGGCCUUGGCUGCCACACAAGAAGAUCCCUCCAAGCUCGGCCGAGGGGAGGGUCCUGGUUCUCCAGCUGGUGGGCUGGGUGCCCUCCUGGAUGUGACCAAGCUAUCCCCAGAAAAGAAGCCCACGAGGGGACGCCUGCCUUCCAAGACUAAGAAGGAAUUCGUUUGCAAGUUCUGUGGCCGUCACUUCACUAAGUCCUAUAACCUACUCAUCCACGAGCGGACGCACACGGAUGAACGGCCUUACACCUGUGACAUCUGCCAUAAAGCCUUCCGGAGGCAAGACCACCUACGGGAUCACAGAUAUAUUCACUCCAAAGAGAAGCCUUUCAAGUGUCAAGAGUGUGGGAAAGGAUUCUGCCAGUCCCGGACUCUCGCUGUCCACAAGACGCUACACUCACAAGUGAAGGAGCUCAAAACCUCCAAGAUCAAAUGCUAAAUAAACACAGCCUGCCGGGCACCAGGACCCUGGGACGCGCUGCUGCCUCCUUUUCCAGAGGGACCCAAGCUGAAGGCGACUCUGCGGGCAGCGGGAGGGGCUUUUGGGAUCUUUCUUCCACUCCAACACCGUCCCCUGGGUCCCUAGCACUUGCGGCGUUCCAGAGCCUUGCCCGGGGCCAUGACUCCUACAGCCUGGGCGGCUCCCCCAGGACGCGGCUAAACUCUUGGCCAAAAGGCGGAACUCAACUCACGUGGCGGAAGGGAAACUACAUUAAUAGAAAAAAAAAAAAAAAAAAAAGAUCGAAAACUCCGCCGAGCCACAGUGGCGCCUCUCCCAGAAGUAUUACUUUUUCUAUUGUUAUUUUAUACGUUUUCUUUAUUUUUUUUCCCCUUUGACCAUAUAAGCUUGUAAAGUCUUGACUGCGGAGAGGGGAAAGAAAAGAUUUGCGCGCCCUGGCAAUUUCCAGUCCCUCCCCCUUCCCCAGCCCCACAUCGGGGAGCCUGCGAAAGUGUAAUCCUUGUAUCUGCUUCUGCCACCGGGUCCCAGGGGCCGCUGGCUCCGCGCGACUCCCGGGCGCUCGGGCUGCACCGCUGACCUCUAGCUCCAGGCGCGGAAACAGGGCUGAGGACCAGGUGCCCGGGGAUGUCCGGGCUCGGACCUCGGCUCCCCCGCUCCAUCGCUGCGGGCGUGUGAGCCGCCGGCCAGGAGCCGGGCGUUGUAUUGCGACUGGCACUUUAUGCUGACCAUCGGUAACGGACAUUUAUCACUGGAGUUUUUUUUUUAAACUAUUAAAUAAACGGUUAUUUUACAGGCA